AGUGUAGUUAAGUGGUUCCGGUCCGUGAGUACACUAGAAUAAGAGUAGGUACACCCACGUCACCUAAAGGCGUGGACCACUAGGGCCACACAGUAGGUACUCACCUCCCCGCCCCGGUGGGGAGGCCCUGUUAGUUCCGGGGUCCACUAUGGACCCCAACUCCGUUCCGCCGCCGUACUUGGAGGCCCUCUUCAAGGACCUCCGAGUUAAAUUUCCAGGCUAUCUGGAAAGUUUUAUGUCUUCGCAACCGAUUGCGUCUCAAACCGUGACUUUGACUCAAAGUCAACCCCAAUCAGGUAGUCCCCUUCCGGGAAAUGCCGCCGCGUCCCCCGCUAUCCCCGCAACCCCCGCGCCACUCGUGACCCAGCGCCACGUGCUACCUGCUCAGGUAGUGCGCCCGCCGCUGGGCAGCCAAUCCGCGGCCCGCGACCCACGUGUCUCGGCCUCGGGUCGCCCGGCAACACCGAUUCCGGCUCCGUCCGUAGGGCCUAGCGCGCCUAACGCGCUCCCCGGGCCCUCAGCCCACCCAAAGGGCACUUUGCCACCCUCCCGCGAAUCUAUGACUCGCACUCCGACCAACACGGUCCAUAGGCCUUCCGCCAUGGACAUUUGCGAUAUCCCAGAGUCGCAGGGCUCACCGGCUCCAGUUGACGAUGGCUUCACUGUCGUCGUAAGUAAUCGAAAACGGCGAAAGGCUACUAAAACCGACGCUCAGCCCACUACCACUAGCAAGGUCACUGUGACCGAGAGCCAAGCUCGGUCACAAACCUUAUCCGAUUCAGACUCCGAAAGUGAGGACUCUCCUAUGGAGGAACCUCGCAAGGAGAAGAUCCCCCCAAUGUUUAUUAGGGACAAGGACGCAUGGGCAAACAAAAUUGUCCCCAUGCUAAUAAAAAACAAUAUCCCUAUUCCAAACGCCCAGCUUACCACCUUAGGUAUUCGUGCGGAAUGCGAAUCAUCCGGUGACCAUAGGCGUCUGACAGCUUUAUUGAGGUCAAACUCAAUAGGCUAUCACACUUACGCUCUGAGCGAUGAGCGAGUCCUCCGCGUAGUAGUCCGCGGUCUCCCCAAGGAGCUUGAUACUGAGCUCAUCAAAGCCGACCUGCUUAAACAGGAUCUCCCCGUCCAGGAGGUACACCGAAUGUACCGAUCACGCUCAAAAGAGCCGCUAGACCUCUGUCUAGUGAUCCUCGAGCUCUCUCCUGAGGGCAAGAGGAUAUACAACUUGAAGGCGAUAUGCCACCUCUCUGGCCUCUCCUUUGAGAAGCCCAACAACCGUGGCCGCAUAGGUCAAUGUCAUAGAUGCCAGACCUAUGGACACUCCCAAAGGAAUUGUUUUGCCCGUCCCAGGUGCGUUAAGUGCCUGGGAGAUCACGGCACGAUAGAUUGUCCCCGCAAGGAACGGAUCGCUGAAGUGCCCCCAAGCUGCGUGCUGUGCGGCGAAGCCGGCCAUCCCGCGAACUAUCGCGGAUGCCGGAAGGCCCCACAGCCAGGCAAGCGAAGGGGCAGGGCAGCGGGCCGCAAACCGGCGGCACCCAAAAAGCCCGCUCACAGGUUUGUUCCAGCGCCGGUGCCUACCACCAACGCUUGGAACAAGCCAUUGUACGGAGCGCCUAACGCUCCUAGUGCGGCACCGGCUUCUCCGGUCGCCAAACAGCCCCCGAGGGCCGCUCCUGCGGCCCAACCCUCUCUCUCGGCCCCUCAAGCCUCGUCCAAACCUUCAUACGCGACUCACUCCUUCUCGGAUGUAUUCAGUAUGGAAGAAUACGAUCUCUUCAUUGAGAAAUAUAAAGUAGACCCCCUAAGGGCAAUAGGCGAGCACAGUAUCAUGCUCCGCGCGAUCGAAAACUAUAAAAAUUUUCUAAAUGGCUCACAACGGUAG